CGGCGGCGCGCAGGGGAUGCACCGGGGGCUGCGGACGGGAGCGCGCCGGGCCGGCUCCCCGCGCUCCGCCCGCCUCUGGAGCGCAGCGCAGGCAUCGGACCCGGGACUGUUUCAGUUCCUUCAUCAUGCACCUCAUGUCACAACCCAACACGGUGGGGACCUGCUAGUCCUUGCUUUUGACUGAGUCCUUGGGCUCGAAGACUCAUGAACAUUGCUGAGACUGACACUCGGACCUUCGAGAGAGCAGCCUUUCUGACGGUGCUGCUCUGCUCCAGCUGACCCUAUGAAAGGAGGGUUCACCAUAGCUCUGUCCUUUGCACUCCAGUCCCACAAGAUGGGCUCGUUCAGAAGGCCUCGACCGCGCUUCAUGAGCUCCCCUGUCCUCAGUGAUCUGCCUCGGUUCCAGGCAGCCCGGCAGGCGAUGCAGCUCAGCUCCAACUCUGCCUGGAACAGUGUUCAAACAGCAGUCAUAAAUGUGUUCAAAGGGGGAGGCUUGCAGAACAAUGAACUUUACACCCUCAAUGAAAAUAUCAGACGGCUGCUGAAGAGUGAACUUGGAUCCUUCAUCACAGAUUACUUUCAGAACCAGCUCCUUGCGAAAGGCUUGCUGUUUAUGGAGGAGAAGGUCAAGCUGUGUGAAGGUGAGGAUCGCAUUGAUGUCCUAUCUGAAAUCUGGGAUCACUAUUUUACAGAGACUCUUCCUACACUCCAGGCAAUAUUCUACCCAGUCCAGGGCCAGGAGUUGACUAUCCGUCAGAUUGCUCUUCUAGGCUUCAGAGACUUGGUCUUGCUAAAAGUAAAGUUGGAAGAAAUCCUUCCCCUGGUCCAGACAAAGGUUCCAGCUUCCAUCGUCCAGAUGCUGUUAAUUCUGCAGAGUGUCCAUGAGCCUACUGGCCCCACUGAGGGCUACCUACAGCUGGAAGAACUGGUCAAGCAGGUGGUGUCACCAUUCUUAGGUUUGUGUGAGGAUCACAGCUUCUCUGGCAGCACCUGCUUGCUUGAGAGGCGGUACUCCAGAUCCCGUCCCAAGGCCCUGAGCCCGCUGACAGAGCAGGAGGGCGAGGCUUACCUGGAGAAAUGCGGGAGCGUCCGUCGGCACACGGUUGCCAACGCUCACUCGGAUAUCCAGCUGCUGGCCAUGGCCUCCAUGAUGCACACGGGGAUGGUGGCCGAGGAAUCGGACGGUUCUGACAAAUGCCUCCUGCUGCAGCCCAGCUGCUUCAGCCACAGGCAGUGCUCCAGCGAGCCCAGCAUCGCCGACGGCCCGGAGGCAGUCGUGGCAGCAGCCUCCAGGCAGGACCCUGCCGAGCUCAACUGCACCUCUGUCAGCUAGAAGGAGGCUGGCUGAGGAGUGGAGAACUGUAUGCACCGACCUGGACAAAGGGGCGUGUCACCCCUGCCGGGGAAAAAAGAGAAAAAUAGGAAUUUUGCUCACGUCACUGAAAUGGGCUCGAGGGUUCCUCUGGCUGAGAAUGCUCUCUAGAUAGGUUCUUUUACCAGUCUGGGAUCGUUGUUGAUGGAGGUACCAGGCUACUCCCAAAUGACCACUGAGAGCUGCAAAGAUUUUGCUGUUGAACAGCACAGUCUGCCUUCUGUAAGCUUUCUCCCUCUACUAGUAUAAACUUUUUGGCAUCAGGUUUCCUUCUUUUUCUUUGGUAUGAUACAAAUUGAGUUCUUUCUGCUUUUCUCCAUCUUUCCCAACUGUGAUUUUUCUUUGUUCUUUGUCCCUGUGGUGGAGGCCUCUGUGCUCAGUGUUCUCUUUGCUUCUGGUGCUAGUGUGGUGAAUGCCGAGCACUUAAUUUCUCUUUUAAAGUUGAACUCAGGGAUGAAACCAUUUGCAUCCUGCAGAAAGAUCUGCUGAGGUGGCUUGUAAGAGGAGGAGAUCCUUCACCUUGCUUCCUAUGGGCAUGGAUGAAAAGUCCAAAUCAGAAUUAAUCAGACUCACUUUUUUCCCAAGCCCAAAGAGAAUUGAGUACAGGUGGAGUCAGAGCUGAGUACUUCAUGUGUACUUUACUUAGUUCCAGUCAUAUCUUGGGUCUUCUGGUAUAAAUUAGGUGCAAAGGAUGGCUGGGGUGUGUAAAUUUGGUGCAAAAUAUAUUGAGCAUCCUGGCAUUAGACAUCAAUUUGCUCUCAAAAUUUCGUUGGUGAUAGGGCUAGGAUGAAAGAGAAAAUAAAGUGGGAAAGAGAUGCUGCACUUGUGUGGCAGAUGUAAAGGUGCCUCUCAGCACUGGGUCAUUGUGACUCCAGAUCAGGAGGGGAUGAUCAGGAUUUCAUGCUGGGCCUACCCUGGUACUUCUAGCACUAGCAGAUUUCAUGAGACUGAGGAUAAUGAAAGGAGCCCUGUCUCAGUGUAUUCGUGAAGUGCUCCUGACCUCCAGUGGUAUCUGACUCAGUGCAGUAUUGCUUUUAAGAUAAAGUGAGGGCUCUUUGCAGUCAGGUUUUGUUUUCAUUGUGAAGAUUAGGAGUGGGUCCAGUUUGCAGGUGUCUGUGUCAGGCACUGCAGUCUGCAGUGUCUGCUUUGUAGCACCAUCACUUGGUACUUCAAUGCUGCUUCUGUGGGGACAGAUCCAAUCUCUUUGGGCUGUCCCCUGGAUACGCUGCUGAUAUCUUGCUAAGCAGGUUUGCAAGUGUAAUUAUAGGCUUAGAGGUGAACUGCAGUGCUGCCUUAAAUGUCAAAUCCCAUUAAAAAUAUGCACAACACGACUACCACUUGAAUCUACUGCAAGUGGUACUGUAAAUAAGUGUGUCUUGACAAGGAAACAGAAGGUUAGGAUGAGUCUUCGGGACGUUUUUUUGCAUGCUGUGACAUUAACUGCAGAAUUUGCCCUGCUUCUGUUGGGCAUUAAACAUCUUCUGCUCCACUGGCCGUGCACCUCUGACCUGCCAGGAUUUGGCAUUAGUAGUACACGCAGCAAAAGGAGAGCAGGUUAUUAUUUAGCCACAAAGAAUCAGAAAUGCCAGCGACGAGCACAAGCUCAGCUGCCUUGAUAAAUGAGGGUGUUGCUUUGCUGUGGUUGGCAAUGUUGAGAGAGAUAGAUGGAUGAGCCUCCUUUUCCCUUCCUGUCACCAGAGCCUUGGUCUUUGGGGGAAGGCCGAGUGUUUGGAUCACCAGCUGUGUUUUCUGUGUCAGGAAAAGAGGUUCUGUUGUGCUGGCUGCCUCCUCGGAGCACCCGCAGCCCAGCAGAGGCCAGGAAGAUGUGCCUUUGAGCAGCGUUCCCUCAGAUGGGUUAUAGGAUAAAGUGCUCUCCUGUCCAUAAAUUGGACUGACCAGGCCAGCUUACUGUCAUCUGCCCCAGGGCAGCCAUGGAUUGUGGUGGAGCUUCAGAACCUCUGUGGUGCCGGCCAAGCCACGCUGGUCUUGCCUGGCACAGUCCCUCCAGCGUGGGGCAGAUGAUGGUGUCCUGCUCACAGUUAACUUCUUUGGCCCCUUGCCAUGAUUUAAAGCCUUCUCCUAGUCACACUGAGGUGUGUGGGGAAGUGGUCACCCUGCAGCAUUUCAGUUCACUCUUAUCAAUGCUUUUCUCCUUUCUGUUUCUCCUGGAACCCAUUUGCCUUCUGUAAAUACCCGAACCAUUUAAGGAUUAGAGAGCAGCACCCUCUUUUAUGGUGAAAACUAGAACGAUUUAUUUAUUUCCUGACAUAUUCUUGGAUCAUCUCUAGGGCUAAUAGGAGUUAGUCCUGGUUUUAACUUGAAUUUCUUUCGUUUUACACAUAUGUAUGAUUUUAAUUAUUUUGGUUUUGUAUCUGUUACUUUGCAAAAAUUUGCACCAAGCCCUCUGAAUCAUGCACUCCCCCUGGUUGUUUUGUUUUUACGGAGAAUUAAAGCUGGCGGCUUUACUUUGUAAACUGAGGUAAGCACAACCCUGUUCUGUAAACCGCACCGGGUGUAUGGCCAUGAGCACCGCAUUUACAGCCACGUCAGAUUGCCCAAGCCUCUGCAAGAGCUUUUCUUUUACAGACGGGGUGAACCUGAAGGUGUCUGGAAAGCCGUGCCAUGGUGGCAGUGUGAGGCUGGCCUGGAAGGGCCCUGGGAGCAGCUCUGAGGGGCACUGCUGAGCACCUGCUCUCUGCUGAGGAAGCUUCCAGUCCUCUGGAAGCAAAGACUGUCCCCACGCCAGAGCUGCAGUGUGAUAAAUACGAUAAGCCAAAUUCAGUAAAUCAAAAUUUAGAAUUUUAUUGUGAGACCCAAACACAGUCUCCGGUAGCCACAAUUAAAAGGGACAGCGUCGAAUCCCGGGGUUUCGGCACUGGGUGAACACGGUAACCGGCUCUGCCAGCCUGUUACCCCCUCUGUUCACGAAUUGGGUCUCCAAGCUGCGGAUUUUUAUACAGUCUUUCGCUAAGGGCCGACUGAGACCGUGAGACUCGUGCCUUGAGGUAGCUUCGUUAGAUAUUCAUGUCCGUGUCCGGGGUCCGAUGAAUAGUUUCUCAAAGGCAGAACAAUGUCCUGAUGGCCGUGUCCGGAGAAGUUUUGGAGAUGGUAACAUCGGGCCGGAACAGAUAAGAUAGUGAUCUGAUACGAUCAGGGGGUCGUCAGAGCACCCAUCUCCCUUUUCCGUCCCUUUGUGCUGCCUUUGCAAGGUUCCCGCAGCGAUUUACUCGUGCCCCACCGUCCAGCUGUCGUCCCGGUUAACCCUGUAUCCACCUUUUAGUUUACUGACCUUAAUUUCAAGUAAAUUCUCGUUAUAAGAUAUAUUCGUACAUUCUGUUGCGAACCAAUUAAAUCUUUUAUUGUUUAA